AUGGAACCUGUCGGGAACGUGAGGCUGCCUGAUAGGGAUGAUCACAAAGGGAUCGAUGAGCUGGCAAGGUCAAGUGUAUUCUCGUUGAGACACCCCUCUGGAACCGCUGCAAUGAGUAGGAAAGGGAAUAAGGAGGGUGUGGUGGACCCGAGCUUGAGGUUGAAGGGUGCGGCAGGCGUCAGAAUAGUUGAUGCCUCUGUAUUCCCAUUCCUACCCGGAACCCAUACACACACUCCAGUGUUUAUCGUGGCUGAGAGGGCGGCGGACCUUCUCAAGAAGGAAGGAGGGAACCGUUGA